AAGAUUAAACAAACACGCGCCGCAAUAAUUUAUUUUCGUGGAUCGUAUAUUUUUCUAAUAAAUUCAGUUCUAUAACUGGCCGGGCGACGUCCGCGCGUCGUGUCCCACAUUUUAAAUUUAAAAAUCCGUGAAUCACAAAUCGAAGAUUACAAUUACGCGAGUGAUGUAAUUGCUGACAUAAUUUCUGCUGUGACCUUUACGUAUUUAGUCAGUAUAGGAAAUAAGUUUAUUUUUAAAAAAAAGUUGAGAAGGCAAGGUCAGUAUACUCGCGGCGAGGCACUUUUGUCUGAAAUGCCUGGGAAAGUGCCAAACAAAAAUAGCGGCGUGCAGGACUCGCUUUUGUACUACGAAAGCCAAAGGCCUAGGCGAAAAAACUGCUGCCUCACCUGUUGCCUAAUUACGCUUAUAUUCAUAUUAGUUCUCUUAGUGGUCGCCUUUCUUCUCGUAUUCGUCGGGUACCCGUUCCUGUUCAAGCACACCAUCGACUUACAGCGAAGCCUCGUGUUUCCGACAGAUGACCUACUGCCCAAGCACUCGGAGUACGGCAAUUUUAAAAAGUACAACCUGUCCGGGUCCCGGCUGCUCUACCUACCCGUCGACGACGAACGAAAUCUCGUCGUGGGCGUGUGGCACUUGCUGCCCGAACCGUUGAUCAACGAGUCGGAAAGCGGGAGCUUCGAUUACGACCGGACACUCACCGACCUCGACUACCCGAUCGUGCUGCAUUUCCACGAGAACGGCGGCAAUCGCAUACAGUACGCCCCCCUUUACCGGGUACUAAGACAGUUUUUCCACGUAAUCGCGUUCGACUACCGAGGCUACGCCGAUUCCUCCCACGCGCUUCCGUCGGAAGACGAGAUUGUAAGCGACUCGAUCAGGAUUUACAAGUGGGUGCAGGCGCUCUCAGUCGCCGACGUAUACUUUUGGGGGCACGGAAUUGGGGCCGCCCUGGCCACGCACACGAUCUCUAAACUGCACGAGGAGGACAUCGUGCCAGCCGGUUUGGUGUUAGAGGCGCCGUUCACCACGAUCACGGAUCAACUACGAGAGACGUCGCCGUACAAAAUUAUAUACUCGUGGAUGCCGUGGUAUGAGUCGACGAUGUUGGAUCCGCUGGAGAAAAACGGAUUUAGUUUACGCACGGUCGAUUACCUACUAAAAGUCGACUGUCCGAUAAUGAUGCUGCAUGCGAAAGACGAUCGUCACACGCCGUUUUCGUUGGGAGUUAAAGUGUUGAAAAGUGCACAGAAUCGCGAUGCCGCGACACAGGGAGGUGUCGUUUUUCAUCAGUUAUCACACAAGUUUGGAUUCGGACACGAUUGCAUAUACAAAUGGAGCGAAUUACCUGCAAUGAUAAAGAACCACACGAAAACUUGUGAAGAAUUUCAGACACAAACCAAUUAUUGAUAUUGUUGUUUUUUUUAUUAAAGUUGUUUUCUAGUU